AUGACCUCCAGAGUGCAAGCAGCUUUGGCGGCUACUUCAUCUCGCAAAGCGUUAUCUUCAGUUCACACGCGACGGCAUAGCCCACUUACCGCAAAUGUCAGUGCACAAAGUGAACAAAAAGAACAGUCAUUUUCCGUACGGCAAGGAACCAGCGGUACUACGUGUGAUACCGAUGUGUCACAUAUUGAUCGCCUUCAUGUACAGAAAAUAGCACGAAGCUUAGAAUUAACCUCAGCUGCACAGCUGUUGACUGUAGGCCUGAUUGCCUUUGUUCUCAGUACGAACAUACAAAAAUAA